UGCAAUUGAAACAUGAGCAUCGGACGAGCUCAGCAUCGUCAGUCGAUGACGCCUUUCCCGCCAGAUUCUGGCGGGGGGGUCUCAAAGUGGAAGGUGGCGCCAGCAAGAACACACACAAUGAGGCCCCCAGAGCAGCUUAUAUACACCACCUCACGUUUUCAUCAUGCUGCAGACGAGUAGCGAUUUCCUCAUUAUAGGCGCUGGAACAUGGGGGUGCUCCAUUGCCCUCGAGCUCGCUCGCCGUGGUCACACCUCCAUCAAAGUCGUUGACGGCAACCCAUUCCCCUCUGCCAUUUCUGCCGGCGAAGAUCUCAACAAGAUCGCGGAAGAGAGCAACGAGCCGUCCGACUCCGACUCCGAAGAAGAUUUCUUCUGGAACCGGCUGACCCAGCUUGCGAUGCAAGCAUGGAAAACGGAUCCCCUCUUCUCGCCUUUCUACCACGACACCGGUUUUAUCAUGGCCGCCGUGGGCGAUGAAGCAUUUGAGCGAUGUAUAGAGUAUGCCAAAGGCGAGAAGACACUUCCUGUGGCCUUGAACACAAAGCAUGAUUUCCAAAGGACAAUGCCCGAAGGAGUGCUUCAAGGUGACUUCCCAGGCUGGAGGGGCUUUUGGAAGAAGGAAGCUGCAGGGUGGGUGUUCGCUAGUGGGGCUUUGAGGGCUAUGCAUAAAGAGGCUGUUAGAUUGGGCGUGCAGUUUGUGACUGGUAGCAUGGAAGGAAGGGUUGGCGAGCUCCUUUAUAGUCCAGACAAGAACGCAGUGCUGGGGGCGAGGACCACAGACGGUGUAGAGCAUAAGGCUCAGCAAACCAUCUUGUCGGCUGGUGCGAACAGCGACCUACUCCUAGACUUCGAGCGACAGCUUCGACCCACAGCGUGGACACUCGCACACAUCCCACUCUCCGCCGAAGAAGCAGAGCAAUGCCGGAACUUACCUGUCCUCUAUGGUGUGGAUCGAGGUUUUUUUAUUGAACCGGAUGGUGAGAGACAUGAAAUGAAGCUCUGCGAUGAACAUCCAGGAUACAUCAACCCUGUCAUCGAUGAUAAUGGAGAGAUGCAUUCCAUCCCAUUCGCACGCCAACAAAUUCCUAAAGAAGCAGCAUCACGUAUGCGUCUUCUUCUUUCUGAGACAUUGCCACAGUUUGCAGAAAGGGACUUCAGCUUCGCACGUAUGUGCUGGGAUGCAGAUACUGUUGACCGUAUCUUUCUCAUCGACAAGCACCCCGAUCUGCAGCACCUGACUGUAGCAGUUGGGGGCUCUGGAAACGGUUUUAUGGCAUGUCCUGCAAUUGGCUCUCUAGUUGCAGAUUUGUUAGAAGAUAAGAGCGAAGAAAAAAUGAGAAAGGCGAUGAGGUGGCGACCGGAGAUAUGCGUCAAGAGGGAUUGGUGGGACGCGCAAGGGAGAUAUGGUGCUGAUGGGAAGGUUAUGGACAUCCGACAGGUGAAAGAAUGGACAACGGCAGGAAGAUGACAUGCCUAGAUCAACAUCAAACCUCGAGAGAAGUUGCUUCUAAAGAUGUAGCUCAUGUACUGAGAGCAAUGAGCAGCUGUACGUAUCAACGAAGAUCGCAGUCGAGUACUUUGGCAUCGCGGAUCUUGUCUAAAGCUUACAAAUACUGCCCGCCUCAGGUCAUGCUAUCAUUCAGAUCCUGACUAUCACACAAAUUGCUCCGUGUUCAAUGUCGUCCAAAAAUAGGGACUCACUGAACCACCAU